CCUACUCUCGCUUCCUGGAGACUCCGCCAUGGCUGCCACUCGGAGUCUUGUCCACGAUCUGUGCAAGGUAACCACUUGCUACAUCUGCCAGGAGUAUUUCAGGGAUCCUGUCAUCAUCCCGGAGUGCGGGCACAACUUCUGCCGAUCCUGCCUGAUCGAGUGCUGGGGGGAAUCCGAGGGAGAGGCUUCCUGCCCUCAGUGCAGGGAAACGGUUGAGCAAAGCAGCAUCAGGAGAAACCAGCAGCUGGCAAAUGUUGUAGAAAUAGCCAAGAAAUUCAGCCAUCUGCACGGAAAAAGGGAGGCAGAAGGAAAAGGAAGGGUCUGUGAGAAGCACCAGAAGCCCCUGAAGCUAUUCUGCCAGGAGGACGGAAGCCCCAUCUGUUUCGUGUGUAAUGUUUCCAAGGAGCAUAAAGGCCACGAAGUGGUUCCUAUAGAGAAGGCGUCCCGGGAGUACAAGGAUCAGAUCAGCAGCUGCCUAGAAAAUCUGAGGAAGGAGAGAGAGAAAAUUCUAGUACUUAAAACUGACACAGAAAAGGAAAGCCAAGACCUGCUUAAACAAACAGGUGCAGAGAGGGAAAAGAUGGUGGCUGAUAUCAGGCGACUGCGCCAGCUUUUGGAAGAACAGGAGAAACUUAUUCUGGCCCAGAUGGCAGAAGUGCAGAAGGAGAUUGCAGCAAAAAGGAAGGAGCACCUGGCCAGACUCUCCGGGGAACUCUCCUCUCUUGAGAGCCUCAUCCGGGAGAUGGAGGAGAAGCAUCAGGAACCAGCGAGUGAAUUCCUGCAGGAUAUUGGAAGCUUCUUGCAGAGGUGUCAGGCAAAGGAGAACUUAGAGGAUCCUCCUGUGGCCUUUCCUCCUGCCUUGAAGUGGAGGAUCUCAGCCUUCAGAGAUAUAAAUUCCCGCCUGAAGGGAGUCAUGCAGCAGUUCAGAGGUGAAGGGCUAAGUACCACAAAUGUUUCCCCCCACCGAUCAGGGACCGUUGCCGAAGCCAUGGGCAAAGGCGACCCAAAGAAGCCCCGGGGCAAGAUGUCCCCGUACGCUUAUUUCGUGCAAACGUGCCGCGAGGAGCAUAAGAAGAAGCACCCGGACGCUUCGGUCAACUUUGCCGAAUUCUCCACGAAAUGCUCCGAGACAUGGCGGAGAAUGUCAGCAGAACAAAAAGGGAGGGCGGGAAUUGCAAACUUAAAAGAGAGAAAACGAAACCAGCUGUCUCUUGUUGGCGAGGGAGCAGCCAUGGCUGCUUCUGAGGGUCCCGUGCAGGAUCUCUGCGAAGAAGCCACUUGCUCCAUCUGCCUGGAUUAUUUCAGGGAUCCAGUGAUCAUUCAUGAAUGCGGGCACAACUUCUGUCAAUCCUGCCUGAUCCAGUGCUGGGGGGAAUCCGAGGGAGAGGCUUCCUGCCCUCAGUGCAGGGAAACGGUUGAGCAAAGCAGCAUCACGAGAAACCAGCAACUGGCAAAUGUCGUGGAAAUAGCCAAGAAAUUCAGUAAUCUGGUGGGGAAAGAGGAGGGAAAAGGAAGGGUCUGUGAGAAGCACCAGGAGCCCCUGAAGCUCUUCUGCAAGGAGGACGGAAGCCCCAUCUGUGUCGUGUGUAAUGUAUCUAAGGAGCACAAAAGCCACGAGGUGAUUCCUCUAGAGGAGGCGUCCCAGGAGUACAAGGAUCAGAUCAGCAGCUUCCUAGACAAUUUGAGGAAAGAGAGAGAGAAAAUUCUAGUACUUAAAGCAGACACAGAAAAGGAAAGCCAAGGCCUGCUUAAACAAACAGAUGCAGAGAGGGAAAAGACUGUGGCUGAGUUCAGGCAACUGCGCCGGUUUCUGAAAAAACAAGAGAAAUGUAUUCUGGCCCAGAUAGCAGAAGUGGAGAAGGAGAUUGCAGCAAAAAGGGAGGAGCACCUGGCCAGACUCUCCGGGGAACUCUCCUCUCUUGACAGCCUCAUCUGGGAGAUGGAGGAAAAGCUUCAGGAACCAGCCAGUGAACUCCUGCAGGAUAUUGGAAGCUUCUUACAGAGGUCUCAGGCAAAGCAGAAAUUUAAGAAUCCUCCUGUGGCUUUUCCUCCUGCCCUGAAGUGGAGAAUCUGGGACUUCUGUGAUAUAAAUCCCUUCCUGGAGGGUGUUAUGAAUAAAUUCAGAGACACUGUAGAAUAUGAACUUCAGCUGCGAAAAGAAAAUGUAACUUUGGAUCCAGACACAGCAAAUCCUAUCCUUAUCCUGUCUGAGGAUCGAAAGAGUGUUGGAGAGGGAGAAGUGAGUCAAGACCUGCCAGACAACCCUGAGAGAUUUGACACAUUUGGCUAUGUGCUGGGAUGUGAAGGUUUCACAUCAGGAAGACAUUUAUGGGAGGUCAUUGUGGGAAGAGAGGAGGAGUGGGGGGUGGGGGUUGCCAGAAAGUCUGUGAAGAGGAAGGGUGUUCCUACUGAAGGGAUCUGGGGUUUGGGGAAGAUGAGCGGUGGGUACAAGUACUUCUUCCCCCAUGAGGACUUCGUUCCAAGUGAGGAGCCCAAGAGGAUCCGAGUGACCCUGAACUGUGAAGGGGGGCGGCUGUCCCUUUACAAUGCUGAUACAGCAGCCCUUCUCCACUCAUUCUCAGUAGCCUCCUUCUCAGGAGAGACCCUCAAGCCCUUCUUUUUCGUGAGCGAGGAAGCAAACCUGAGCCUCUCUUGACUGAGGGUGGAGACAGACAAGCGUAUAUUCAUUGCCAUUAUGACGUAUUCAGUCUCCUCUUCAGGACUGAGCUGACUGGCACUUGAGAAACCACAUUUGCAGAACUGUGAUUGGCCAUCCCUUGUGUCCAUCAUGAUGCAACUCUCCCUUCUCAGGACAGCUUUGUAAAUGACACUGAUUGAUUGGGUCCCCUGUCAGUCCCCAAACUGGCCUGUUCUCUCUCCCUUGGGAAUGGGCUAUUUCUGUCAGUGCAGGAGGUGCAAAGGGGGGGAAAAGCAAGAAAAUGAUUUAGGAAACAACCCCCCUCACACACACAUUCCUGUUUCAAUGUAGUUCUCUCUCCAACCUCCAAUUCUGACAAGUUUUCGACAGACAAUACCAUCAUCUUUUCUGAAUAACAUCAAAAUUAUGCACGAACAUCACUUAAAUCCUUCCUCAGCCUCAAUCCUGAACUCAGAUUCCCUUUUCCUCCCCCAACAUCUUCACUGGCCAGGGAGAUUAAAGUUCAAAAAUCCCUUUUUUUGCUACUCCUCCGGGAAGCUUAUGUGGCAAUUCAGCAAAAUCUCCAUAUCUAAAGAGACUUUUUGUGAGUUGAGUACAGUUGCCCAAAACUCACGCACAACUUACUUGCGAUCAAAACACAAAUUAAUAAAUAGAGAGAGGGCUAGAGAUGAGGAAAAACUGUUAGAAGGGACUCUGAGAUCUCAGAAAAGUCUCCAGAACCCAGAAAGCAAUGGAUUUGGCAGUGGGGGAAAGAGUUUCUAAGUCCACCUUGCUUUACUGGCCUCUAGGAAGGUCAAGAUCUCUAGCUUCGAACAAGUGGGAUGGUUGCUUGGGGGGCAUUUUCAGGGGUUUUCCUGACUUACGCAAUAUUGCCUUUGCAGGCUGACCCCAGAAACAUUAACCCACCCACCCCCAGAGCAGGUUUUGGACCUCGAUGUAACAAAAUUCCCUCUGACAGUGAUGAGCCUCUGUCACAUGUUCUGAGGAGAGAAAAGUGACAAUCCAGACUGGAUUUCUGACGGGGUAAAUUCCUAUGUAUACAUUUUUUUUCUCCAAGAUGCUUUGUAGUGAACAAGCAGAUACUUAUCUGUAUUUUUUAGAGAUAACCUCUUCUUAUCCUUUUGUGUAAUGGGCCUGAAAGAAUUUGGGGAUGUGUUUCCUGUGCUAACAUGUUUGACUCUAUUAAAGAUUAUACUUCUUGUUGCUCCUGUGUUGUUUCAAACUCAACAGGUAUAAUAUCCAUUCCCCAUGACACUUCCUCCAGGGAUUUUAGGAGGGUGAUAUCCUGUUUUAUCCUCAGAGGAACCCUGUGAGGUAGAAGAGGC